AUGUUGCCCACCACGCAAGGAGCGCCAACUCAUAAGAAUCAUAUCCUCACUUCUCAUGGUCGACCUCCAUGGUACGGACCGGACGGAUUGCCGAUCCAUAAUGCUUUCGUCAUUGGCAUUGCCGGAGGCUCAGCGAGCGGCAAGACCUACGUAGCAGAGAAAAUCAUCCAAUCACUCCAGUCCCUCCCAAGCAUCCUCAUUCUAUCCCAAGACAGCUUCUAUAAAAAGCAUAAUGAACAAGAGCUCGCACUGGCAUUCUCCAACGAGUACGAUUUCGAUCACCCCUCCUCGAUCGAUAUGGAGCUCUUCGCCCAGUGCCUCAAGGACCUGAAAGAAUACAAACAGACUCAUAUACCCAUAUAUUCUUUUGUACAUCAUCAGCGGCUACCAGAGACGAAAUACCUCUACGGCGCUUCAGUAAUCAUAGUCGAGGGGAUAAUGACACUCCUCGAUCCGGCAUUGCGGGACCUCUACGACCUCAAGAUUUUCGUACAGUGUGAUAGUGACCUGAUGCUUGCCCGUCGACUGCGACGCGAUAUCCAACAACGCGGGCGGUCAGUAGACGAUGUCCUGAAGCAGUAUCUACGGUUCGUCAAGCCCGCGUUCGACAACUUUGUCGGCCCGAGUGCCAAGUAUGCGGAUGUUAUCAUACCCGGAGCAGCGAAUACCGUAGCUAUCGACCUGGUGGUGAACCACAUACGCCGGAAACUGGCCGAACGGCACGCGAGUUUCAGAUCGGAGCUGUCUCGCGCCCAGCCGGCGAUCGAGCAGGGUUGGGACGCAGAAGUCUCUAAAUGGCCAGGUGUUGUCCUCCUCCGGCAGACUCCGCAGCUAAAGGGAAUACACACCAUAUUGCGGGACGAGACGACCUCGCGGGAAGACUUUAUCUUCUUCGCUGAUAGGCUCGCGACGCUCGUCGUAGAGUGUGGGAUGGACCUGCUCCCAUAUGUGCCACACAGUGUCCAGACGCCGACGGAUGCGAUCGCCCACGGGCUGAAACUGACCGCCCAUGUGUGCGGGGUGAGCAUCAUCCGCGCAGGCGGUCCCCUACAAGCAGGACUACAGCGUGUGCUCAGGGACGUUCCCCUCGGAGCGCUGUUAAUCCAGUCCGACCCAAGCACGGGCGAGCCACUGCUCCUGCACACCUCCCUCCCCUGCUACAUCCUCCACCGCGAGCAAGCAAAAGACACCUGGGUAUUCCUUCUCGACUCGCAGAUCGGCACAGGCGCAGCAGCGCUAAUGGCCAUCCGUGUUCUGCUGGACCACGGCGUACAAGAAGAACACAUCAUCUUCCUCACCUUUCUCAUCAGCCAGCAAGGCGGGCCCAACGUGCUGAGAAAAGCCUUCCCAGGAGUGAGGAUCGUCACCAGUGCGGUGGACGAACUGCUCCUCAUGGCAUGGAGCGACGUAGACUGGGAGACGGGCGAGAGAAGGAGAGUGUGGAAGAUCGUCCCCGGGAUGGGACAUAUUGGGGAUAGGUACUAUUUAUAG